AAUUUUAAAACCCUAACCCUAAAAUCCUUACACUUCCUCACAAUCAUCCGUCGGGACGAACAAACGUCGACCUCCGGCUCAAUCCCUUCAACCAUCUGCUUCUUUCUUUGAAUUUCAGCGAAAAUGCGACCAAUUUUGAUGAAAGGCCAUGAACGGCCAUUGACUUUCCUUAAAUACAACCGGGAUGGCGAUCUCCUUUUCUCAUGCGCCAAGGAUCACAAUCCCACCGUCUGGUUCGCCGACAACGGCGAGCGAUUGGGGACUUAUCGUGGUCAUAAUGGUGCCGUUUGGUGCUGCGAUGUCUCUAGAGAUUCAAUGCGGCUCAUCACCGGCAGUGCGGAUCAGACGGCGAAACUGUGGAAUGUGCAAACUGGACAACAACUAUUCUCUUUCAAUUUUGACUCACCUGCUAGGGCGGUUGAUUUCUCUGUCGGCGAUAAGCUUGCUGUGAUUACCACCGAUCCUUUCAUGGAAUUGCCCUCUGCUAUUCACGUUAAACGCAUUGCCAGAAACCCCUCGGAACAGACUGGUGAAUCUGUGCUUCUUCUGAAGGGUCCUCAGGGAAGAAUCAACAGAGCUGUUUGGGGGCCUCUAAAUAAAACCAUUAUAAGUGCAGGAGAAGAUGCUGUUAUUCGCAUUUGGGAUUCUGAGACAGGUAAACUUUUAAAAGAAUCAGACAAGGAGACGGGCCAUAAGAAAACAAUAACUUCCCUUACAAAAUCCUCUGAUGGUUCGCAUUUUGUAACUGGUUCUUUGGACAAGUCUGCUAGGCUGUGGGAUACUAGAACGUUGACACUUAUCAAGACGUAUGUGACAGAACGCCCAGUCAAUGCUGUUACAAUGUCUCCCCUUCUUGAUCACGUGGUGCUUGGUGGUGGUCAGGAUGCUUCAGCAGUGACAACAACCGAUCAUCGUGCAGGGAAGUUUGAAGCUAAAUUCUAUGAUAAGAUACUUCAAGAAGAGAUCGGAGGUGUGAAAGGGCAUUUUGGACCCAUUAAUGCUCUGGCUUUCAAUCCUGAUGGGAAGAGUUUUUCAAGUGGAGGUGAAGAUGGUUAUGUAAGACUGCAUCAUUUUGACCCUGAUUACUUCAACAUCAAGAUUUAAUUGCAGUUGGUGGAGAGGGCAUUCGUUGGGUUGUAUUAAUGGCUUUACUUAUUGUAGUUAAGAACCUUGCCUCCUUGACUUUUGCUGUGGUCGUGAUUAUUUUAUCAAAUUUCAAUUUUGUGACUUGAUAAGAGAAGAGAGGCAGACAGCCAAACAGUGAUGAUCGGAGUAAUGAUCAGAAAAGUUUUACGUGCUGUUA